AUGGAAAACUCACAAGGGUUCCUCAUGUUUCUACCGGGACAUUUCUGUGUUCCCGUCGCACAAGGAAAUGCCCGAGAAGUGUGGGCGGCGCGGGAGGCCAAGGGUAAGAAGGGGGAGUACGGCAUGACAUGGGCUGCUCGUAUGCCAGGUCCCGUUGUGACGAAGGCCCUCCAGGAGAGGCUGUUUCUUUCCACCGACGACGAGCGAUUCGUCCUUGUGGUCACGAAGCCUGGCCAGGCGGUGUGUUCCGAUGGUAAAAGAACGGGCGAAAGAGACUCUGAGCGGGAAAUUUGGUUUGGCGUGUGA